UAGUCGGUGCUGGAUUCUUUUAAAUAAAGUGUAUUAUUUAUCUAUGUCGUGAUUGGAAGCGCGCCUGUCAGGCGAAGCGCAUGUUGCUGUGAUGGCUCUUUUUCACAAUUUUGUAAAUUCUUCAUUUUUAUGAUAACAACGUGUUCAGUGUCCUUUCUGGUGUAAAAUAAUUUUAAUUUGUAUUUAUGCGUUUACUUAAAAUGGCCAAUCAAUCUCAGAAAAUCGUUUACAAGCUGGUUCUUACUGGAGGACCCUGCGGCGGCAAAACAACGGGACAGUCACGUUUAAGUACCUUCUUCGAGAACCUAGGAUGGAAGGUGUUCCGGGUGCCGGAAACGGCUACCGUCCUUCUCAGCGGAGGCAUAAAGUUUGCAGACCUCAGUCCUGAAGAAGCCUCGAAAUUCCAAGAGAACCUAUUGAAAACGAUGAUACAGAUUGAGAACACGUUCUUCGAACUCGGCAGAACUAGUCAGAGGAAUUGUCUGAUAAUCUGCGAUCGAGGAGCCAUGGACGCUAGUGCAUUUAUAUCGAAGGAGAAAUGGGAGGCGAUACUCGCAUCUAACAACUGGAAUAAUGUCGAACUACGCGACAACAGAUACAACCACAUCAUGCAUAUGGUAUCCGCUGCUAACGGAGCUGAAGACUUCUAUUCCACGGAGGAUCAUGCUUGCCGAUCUGAAGGAGUGGAACUCGCCAGAGAGCUGGACUACAAGGCGGCCGCCGCUUGGAUCGGUCACCCGUACUUCGACGUGAUCGACAAUUCGACAGAUUUCGAUAAAAAGAUGAAUCGUUUGAUCGCGUGCGUCUGCCAGAAGAUCGGCAUCGAUACCGGCGACCGGCUCAACGUCAACUCGAAGAAGCGCAAGUUCCUCAUCAAGGCGCCUCUCGCUCCCGACUCGGAGUUCCCGCCCUUCCAAGACUUCGACGUCGUUCACAACUACCUGCAGAGCGAUUUGCGGAAAGCACAAGUCCGGCUACGUAAACGCGGACAGAAGGGACACUGGUCGUACAUACACACGUUAAGGAAGUUCCACCCCACCAACGGACAGUCCGUCGAGGUCCGCACGCAACUGACGCACCGAGAUUAUUUGAAUCUGUUGCCGCAGCGCGAUGACGCUCAUCUGACCAUCUUCAAGAAGCGUCGUUGUUUCAUCUACAACAACCAGUACUAUCAGUUGGACAUUUACAGGCAACCGACGCAUCCCAGAUGUCGCGGUUUGGUUCUCCUAGAAACCUACAGCGCUGCUUACGAUCAGACCAUUUUGCUGGCUUCAUUACCCAAGUUUCUGACCAUUGAGAAAGAAGUCACCGGAGAUCCAGCAUAUUCAAUGUACAAUCUGUCAUUGAAAGAAGAUUGGAAGACCUCGAAAAGGUACUACGCUGGCACUGAGUGCAAUGGUCACACUAAGUUGACCAACGGUCAUGGCAACGUCAAAAUUUGCCAUUCAAAGAUGAACGGUCAUAGUGAGGAGAAAAUCGGGCUCGCCUGUGACAAAAUCAACGGUUGCGAGAAAUCUGAAGUCAGGAAAACCAACGGUCACCAUCACGUCAACGGUCACGGCGUGAAAACCGAUCGAAACGGUAUCACGAGAAACGGUAACGCCCACACCAAUGAACUGCAAGACAUCAAACAAAGAAUUGAUCUCGGGUCGCCAAAGAUUCAAAAGGUCGCCGUAAAGAUUUAAUGUGCGCGUAAUUUAUUCUUUUAGUUUUACCUAUUAUCUUAUGAAAUUCCACCAUAUAACUUUGAACUCACGAAAUUAAAUUAUUAUUUUGUAACUAAGAACGCUACUGAAAUAUAUUUAUUUUCGAAGCGUGUCGAAUACCGCGUAAUGCGCUUAUCACGAUGAUAAACAAUGAUUUCAUAAUAUCAAUUAUUUUCAAUGCGAAAGCGACGUAAUAUAUUUGAAUACAUGGAACAUACAAUGUUCAUUUAAAAUGGGACAGAAAAUUAAAUUUUAAACAAAAAAAUUAAUUGAAUACAAAACUUGAAACACAAAUCAUAUUAUGUAAACAAUGAUUUCGUAUUAAAUAUUUUCAAUGUCAGAGUCAAACUGUAAACCAUGUAAUAUAUUGAAUAAAUGAUAAAAAAAUUUAUUUAAUUUUCAACCUGAGAUAACAAAUUUUAAAAGUAUAUAUCAAUAAUGAAUCGAAUAAAAAACGUGUGAAAUUGAAAACUAUUAUGCAUAGAAAAAAAAAACUAUUUUUGUAGUUAAUCUUGAAUUUAUAUAUUAUGUUUAAUGAAAUUAUUUGUAUAUUGUUUGUGCCUUUGUAUACUUGUAUAUUUGAAAACUUACUCAUUGAAAAAUCUUAAGUACUUAAAUGAAUUGCAAGAAUAUAAUAAUAUUAAUGAAAUUCCUAAAAGUAUUGUUGGAGUAUGUUCAGAACAUCGUAGUGUCUUAUAGUUUUUAAAUAUACUAUAGCAUUUUAUUAGUUUUAAUUUCCUGUUCGGAAUGUAUUGCACUAUUUAUUAAGAUCUUAAUGCAAAUACCAAUGAAUUUCACUUGUAUAGAUUGCAAUAAAAUUAUUCAAUGCUAUGGAAGUAGAAAAAAAAAACUUAGUUUACUUUUUAUGUGAAUGGUCACUUAAUUUAACGUUAGUGGCUUUUCAAUUAAUUUCAUGUAGUUAAGAAAAACAUUUGAUUGAAUUAGAAGAAAAAAAAGAAGAUGGCUGUUACCUUUUUCUCGGUGUCGAAAUUAGUGAUGUACUUUGUUUUUAGAAUGUAUUUAAAAAGUUCGAUUGAUAUAUCCACAUGCAUCUGUUAGGAUGUUAUAUGGCUGGUCUUUUAAGGCUUUUCCACGCUAUGACGUCAAUGGCUGUGGUAUAGACGAGUGGAGAUCUUUCGCUGUGCUUAAAAACUAUUUGCUAUACAUGUAGACGAAAAGUUGAAUUUUCGAUGUCAUUGCGCCAACAAACAGCGUCGCUACUGAAACGUUGGUCACCCAAAGAUUUAAUUGGCUUUAACGUGAUGGGACAUAAACAGUCCAGUGUGCUUAGUGCGAGUUUUUUAACUCGAUAGCGUAAAAGUUAGCUCAUAUUUGUAUGGAAUGGGAUUGUUUGCGUACUUUUGCCGCUAGGGGCGCUGUUCCAACUGCAUACAAAAUUGGGUUAACUUUUACGCUAUCGAGAACGUUAAGAAACUCGCACUAAGCACACUGAAAGAUGCACGUAUAGCGACGGCUGGUGCAUUGUGAUUAAAAGUCUUUCGAAUUUUGCAUUGUUUCUCAAUAAAGGAAAAUGCAUCGUC